AUGUGACCAAAUGGAGUCAGCCUCCACUGUCAGAGAAUAAACUGCUGAACUCUGAUUGGUCCAUUCGGUCUUAUCUCAGAAGUUAAUCAGAACAGAAAAAAACGGUCUCAGGGCGUUAACCUGCAGUUAGAUGAUCGGUUUUAUCUGGAUGUCUUCUCUCUGUGAUGGUUCUUUGUAGAGGAACUGUCACAAAGUCAAAGGUCAACUAAACAAUUCAAACUAUUGAAUUGUUGGUGUUGAUCCGACUCUCACUGGUGCUGUGGGUUUCAGUUUGGCAGCCUGCCUUCUUCCUGGUUCCUGGUAGAGAGAAGAGUCCGCAGACGCAUUCAGCAACGUUCACCUUUCUGCGACCUUCAGAGACCAUGGGCGUUAAGGGAAUGAAGACUCUGGUUGCAGAGUCAGAUACUUUGGAGGAUGUUGGCUUCAAGGACAGCGCCGUCAUCAUUGACGGUCCAAAUCUCUACUAUUCUCUGUAUUUUAACUCUGAGCCAAAGUUGGACCAGCAACACGGAGGAGAUUACUCUGCAUUCAGUGGUCUGGUCUGUCGGUUCUUCAGCAGCCUGAGGAGAUGCAACAUCAAACCGCUGGUCGUUCUGGAUGGAGGCGCAGAACCUGUGAAGAACAAAACUGUUGGAAAUCGUCUGAAAGACAAACUUCAGAAAGCAAAGAGACUUUCAGAGUCCAGGGCCGGCGAGUGGGACAACAUCUUGCCUCCUCUGGUCAAAGACGUCUUCAUCCAGGUCCUUCAGGAGCUGCAGGUGGAGAUCCAGCAGUGUUUCGGAGAGGCAGACCUGACAGCCGCUCUGAGGGCCAAUGAGAGGAAAUGCCCCGUUCUGUCCAACGACUCAGAUUUUUACAUCUUUGAUGUGCAGGAAGGGUUUCUUUCAAUUGAUGGAUUCCAGUGGGAGUCUGUGACACAAGGAGCCAUUCCUGCUCGGCGCUACAGAAUCUCACAGUUUUGUAGAUGUUUUAAUGUCGACGAGAAGCACAUGCCUGUCUUUGCUGCUUUAUCAGGAAAUGAUUACUCACAGUUGGAAAAAGAAGACAUCAAAAGGUUAAUCAGAAGAUAUCCUGAAGCUCAGCAGCCAGGAGGAUCCUCUACCUGUCGACAGCGAGCCAUCCUCAGGCUUUUAGGAGAUUUCAGGGGGAAGACGCCUGAAGAGGCUGUGACAGCAGCUCUGCAGCUGGCUGGCAGAUCUAAGCAGGAGGACAUCAAACUUUUCCUGAAUUCAGCUCAACAAUAUGCCUUAAAGGAGCCACCUCGUCCCAACCUGCCUCAGUGGGUCAUCCAGGAAAUUCAGAGAGGAAGACUGACCUCCUUUGUCACAUCUGUUGUGAUCCAGAAGUCAAUGACCUUGACUCCACUGGUGGAGGACUUCUCCCAGCCCAGCAGCUACAGUGCGUCCCUCCGGAUCCGACAGUUCUUUUACGGACUGUUGCUAGGAUCGGAGCCAUGCACGGAAUAUGACCGGGAGGGCACUGAAGAUAUGCGUCCUAAACAGGUCACCCCUGUCCAAGCAGGUGUGACACCAGAGGAGCUGCAGAAACUGGAGCUGGAACAUCUGAAUGAGGCUCCUGAGGAUCUACGCCACACCGUCUUGUAUGAAGCUCUGGGAUGUUCAGGCUUGGACCUUGAACACAUCCCGGACCAGCUGAAGCUGACACUCUGUGUGACCCGGUUCUGGUUCUGGUACCAGAACCGCCAGCAGAACCCCUUAGAAGGAUUCAACAUGUCCUGCCUCCAGGCCCUGGUCCUCGGAUUCCUGCAAGGAAACACUGAUGGAGGCAGUGCGGUCCGGUCCAGCCCGGGUGUGGUGGCUGCUCGGCGCCCCCUGCAGGCCGGUGCUGCUCAUGCUUUCAGCCGCUGGUUGACCUGCCUGAGGCAGAGCCUCCACCUCAACCAGCUGCUGCGCUUCCCUCUGCCGGAGCCGCAGUGCUGCAGGCUGUACUGCGGUCCAUGGCUCCACCAGCUGCAGAACCAGCUGCUGACCGACUCCAACGCUUUCAGAGAGAGUAGGGAGCGGCUGCAGGACGGCGAGAGAGAGCUGCUGGACAGAGCCCUGACGGUCAUCCAGUCUGCUGGACAGGAAGCUGAUGAGGAACUGGCUAGGGGGCGGGGCCAGUUCAUGGGGCGGGGCCCGUUCAGGGGGCGGGCCUCAGCUGGAAGACAGAUCAAGCACAGGAGGCUGGUCUCAGCUUCAGGAUCGUCCCUAAUUAGAGCAAUUCCCUCACCCCAAGGAGGGACCCCAGAAGGAUUAAGGUCCCCAUAUAGAGAGUCUUCACAACCAUUAAGGUCCCCAUGUACAAGAGAUGGAAGAACAUUUUUCCAUAGUUACCAGAAUAAUUUUCCCACCAGGAGGACGGGCCCAGACGAUGACGGGAGGGAAACGCAGAAGAAAAAAAACAGACAGACGGAAUGAAGGUUUGCAAAUCGUUGACAGGAAGCUGAUGUUGCUCCCUGAGGAAACCUGUUGCUGUUGCUCUCAGCAACCUGUUGCUCUGGUUUUUGCUACUUUAGUGUGCCAAAUGUGUUUUUAAGGCUGAGUGUUGAGAUGGGAAUACAGGUUUUAAGUAGGACAUUCUGCUCUGAAGGCUGCAGCAAUCUGUUUCUGCUCUCUGCUUUUAAACUAUAUCUUAUCUUGGCUGUUUAAUGACAACUGUUUUAGAGCAACAGUUUCUCUUUUGUUCAAUCAAAUAUGAAAACCUGAAUGAACUGUAAUAUAUUAGGUAAAAUUAGUCUGAAGGAAGAUCUCAGUUCAAUAAAACACCUUCAUGAGGCUGAUUAUUAUCUGAUUAUUAUCUGUUCUGUCUGUCCGGUCCCCCUGUUCAAAAAGGGGGACCGGAGGGUGUGCUCC